AUAUAUUCACAUGAGAAGCGAAGCCCCUUUGCUUAAGAGAAAAGCAUCACUGCACCAACUUGGUAAGUACCGCGAGCUAGGCUCUACCUCACUCGUCAAUGCCGUCUUUCAUCGACGGCCCCAGUCUCCGGUCGCUGCUCCGGCCGUCCACCAACGGGCGCCGGUCGAAGAUCGCAGACAGCGCUGGCGGCGGCGGCGGCAGAGGAGGAUCAGGGGGUGGCCAUGGAGGGAUCUUCAAGAUGUUCAAGCUCAUGCCGAUGCUGUCGUCCGGGUGCAAGAUGGUGGCGCUUCUCGGCAAGCACAACCGGGCGCUCCUCGCCGACCACGCCACCACGGUGACGCUGUUCGGGCACCGCCGCGGCCGCGUGAGCCUGGCCAUCCACGAGGACACCCGCGCGCCGCCGGUGUUCCUCAUCGAGCUGCCCAUGUUGACGAGCGCGCUGCACAAGGAGAUCGCGUCCGGGGUGGUGAAGCUCGCGCUGGAGAGCGACACCCGCAGCGCGCGACGCCGGCUCGUGGAGGAGUACGUCUGGGCCGUGUUCUGCAACGGACGCAAGGCCGGCUACUCCAUCCGCCGGAAGGAGGCCUCCGACGACGAGCGCCACGUGAUGCGCCUGCUGCGCGGCGUGUCCAUGGGUGCUGGCGUGCUGCCGGCCGCGCCCGAGCAGGAGGGCGGCGUGCCCGCGGGCCCGGACGGGGAGCUCACGUACGUGCGCGCACGAGUCGAGCGCGUCGUCGGCUCCAAGGAUUCGGAGGCGUUCUACAUGAUCAACCCCCACGAGGGCGGCGUCCCCUCCGACAGUAGGGGCGGCGACGACGGCAGCGCGCCGGAGCUGAGCAUUUUCCUAGUGAGGAUGAAAUGAGCAAAGUAAUUAAAGACGAGUAAUUCAUCUCAUGCAUAUAUAUACUUCAUUUUCCUACUCGUUUUGGAAUUCGGAUUUGGAUACCCUCAGAUCAGAGGUACGUUCCACGAUAUACUGGACCAUAUAUAGAGAGAGUAUAAUUUUAGCAAGUUGAAUGUGUAUCUAUCUCCAUGGUAGACAAGUAAUUUUGUACCACGUCACAUGGUGAUCGAAUUGACGUUGCAAGUUAAUGUAGUUGAUUGAAAUUUA